AUGGAAUACGGCAAAAGGGAUGAGGAUGCCGAUGGCAGCCUUGUCCGGGUCGACCGCACGCAGGUAUUCCAAGAAGCUCGAUUGUUUAACAGCUCUCCCAUCCAGCCGAGACAAUGCCGCAUUCUCCUCACCAAGAUCGCGCUCCUCCUCUACACAGGGGAGAAGUUUCCGACCAACGAGGCCACGACACUCUUCUUCGGCAUCUCCAAGCUCUUCCAGAAUAAAGAUGCCAGCCUGCGCCAGACGGUCCACCUGGUGAUCAAGGAGCUGGCCCACUCUGCCGAGGAUAUCAUCAUGGUCACUAGCACAAUCAUGAAGGACACCGGUGGCAGCGGCGAUUUCAUCUACCGGCCCAAUGCCAUCCGAGCAUUAUGCCGGAUCAUCGAUGCUACGACUGUGCAAUCCAUCGAGCGCGUGAUGAAGACGGCCAUUGUUGACAGAAACCCGUCCGUAUCGUCGGCCUCUCUUGUUUCUUCCUACCACCUGCUUCCCAUCGCGCGCGACGUCGUUCGGCGCUGGCAGAGUGAGACGCAGGAGGCUGCGGCGAACACCAAGUCCUCUGGCGGGUUCUCUCUCGGAUUCUCGUCGAGCUCGGGCUCAGUGCCCGUCAACAGCUCGACCAUGACCCAGUACCACGCCAUCGGGCUGCUCUACCAGAUGCGGAUGCACGACAAGAUGGCCCUGGUCAAGAUGGUGAAGCAGUUUGGGACAGCAGGUGCGGUCAAGAGCCCUACGGCAGUCUUGCUGCUCGUACGUCUGGCGGCUCAGCUGGCCGAGGAGGACCCGACGCUGCGGCCGUCGAUGGUGCAGCUGCUGGACGGCUGGCUGCGCCACAAGAGCGAGAUGGUCAACUUCGAGGCGGCCAAGGCGAUCUGCGAUCUGCGCGACGUGACGGAUGCAGAGGUGUCGCAGGCGGUGCAUGUGCUGCAGCUCUUCCUGACGUCGCCUCGGUCGGUGACCAAGUUUGCGGCGCUGCGUAUCCUGCACAACUUUGCGUCGUUCAAGCCGGAGGCCGUGCGGGUGUGCAAUCCAGACAUCGAGCUGCUGAUCUCCAACAGCAACCGGUCGAUUGCCACGUUCGCCAUCACGACGCUGCUCAAGACGGGCAACGAGGCCAGCGUCGACCGCCUGAUGAAGCAGAUCAGCGGGUUCAUGUCGGAGAUCACAGACGAGUUCAAGAUCACCAUUGUCGAGGCCAUCCGCACGCUCUGCCUCAAGUUCCCCAGCAAGCAGGCCGGCAUGCUGGCCUUCCUCAGCGGCAUCCUGCGGGACGAGGGCGGGUACGAGUUCAAGCGCACCGUCGUGGAGAGCAUGUUCGACCUGAUCAAGUUCGUGCCCGACUCGAAGGAGGAUGCACUGGCCCACCUCUGCGAGUUCAUCGAGGACUGCGAGUUCACCAAGCUAGCCGUGCGCAUCCUGCACCUACUGGGCAUCGAAGGCCCCAAGACGUCGCAGCCGACAAAGUACAUCCGCUACAUCUACAACCGCGUGGUGCUGGAGAACGCGAUUGUGCGCGCGGCGGCGGUGACAGCCCUGGCCAAGUUUGGCGUGGGCCAGAAGGACCCGGAGGUCAAGAAGAGCGUGCAGGUGCUGCUGUCGCGUUGCCUGGACGAUGUGGACGACGAGGUGCGCGACCGUGCGGCGCUGAACCUGCGGCUAAUGAACGAGCCGGAUGCCCUGGCAGAGCGCUUUGUCAAGAACGAAAACAUGUACUCGCUGUCAUUCUUUGAACACCAGCUGGUGACAUACGUGACGUCGGACGAGAAGGACACGUUCACGACAUCGUUUGACAUCUCCAAGAUCCCGGUCGUUACGCGCGAGCAGGCGGACGCGGAGGACCGGACGAAGAAGCUGACUGCGACGGCGCCAACGCUCAAGGCGCCCAAGGUGGGAGGCGCAGCCAAGUCGGCGGCGUCGGUUGCAGAAGAGGCAGCGUCGGCGUCGGCGCAGGCGCAGAAGUACGCGCAGGAGCUGCUGCAGAUCCCGGAGAUCCAGGAGUUCGGGGCCGUUCUCAAAUCGUCACCAGUGGUAGAGCUGACUGAGGCCGAGACGGAAUAUGUGGUGAGCGUGAUCAAGCACAUCUUCAAGGAGUACAUUGUGCUGCAGUACGAGAUCAAGAACACGUUGCCAGACACGGUGCUGGAGAACGUGUCGGUGGUGGCGACACCGUCGGAGGAGGACGAGCUGGAGGAAGCCUUCAUCCUGCAGGCGGAACGUCUGGCCACCAACGAACCAGGCAAGGUGUAUGUGGCCUUCAAGAAGGUGGCCGGGGCCGAUGGACUGCCGACGAGCACCUUUUCCAACGUGCUCAAGUUCACGAGCAAGGAGAUCGACCCGUCGACACGCGAGCCGGAGGAGUCGGGCUACGACGACGAGUACGAGGUGUCGGAGUUCGACCUAUCAGGCAGCGACUACGUCAUCCCGACUUUUGCCAGCAACUUCAGCCACCUUUGGGAGCAAGUGGGCGCAUCGGGCGAGGAGUCGGAGGAGACGCUGCAGCUCAGCGGAGUGAAGAGCAUAGCAGAGGCGACGGACCUGCUGGCCAAAACACUGUCGCUGCAGCCGUUGGAAGGCACAGACAUCCCCCAGAGCCAGACGACCCACACGCUGAAGCUGUUGGGCAAGACGGUGGGCGGUGGUCGGGUGGUGGCCACGGUGCGGAUGGCGUACUCGACCAAGACGGGCGUGACGACCAAGGUGACGGUUCGCAGCGAGGAGGAGGGCGUGUCGGCGCUCGUGGUGGCCGCUUUGGACGGCUGA